AUGAGGAGACCAAAGGUGGGAGAAUUGUAUGUAAACCAUAACCAACUGAGGGAAUGCCUGUCAUACUAUGCUCUUGCCAAUAGGUAUUCUAUUUGGUUUGAGAGAUCUUGUAAGACAAGCAUAAUUUCUAGGUGUGGGACUAGGCCACCUAAUAUCUUAGACCCAGAGAAAGGUAAGCAAAAAAAGAACAAGAGAUUCCCUGGAAUUCCAAGAAAGUGUACCUUUAGAUGCUAUGCUAGGUGGAUGGAUAAUGAAAAGUCUUUUCAAAUACUGACUUUGGUUGAUGAGCACACAUGUGCUAGAAACUUUAAGUAUGGGUCAUUGGUGGACUACAAAUGGAUUGGAAAACACUUUGCAGACAGGAUUAGAGCUCAACUAGAAAUCAAGUUGUGUGCCAUUCAAGACUUAGUUAUGAAAAAGUAUAAAUGUACCAUUUCACAUCAUCAAGCCAGGAGAGCUAGAACUUAUGCUUUGACAGAGUAUGAAAAAACUUUGGAAGAGCAUUAUGGGUUGUUAAGGUCUUAUGGUGAAGCAAUAUUGAGAACAAAUCCAGGAUCUACAGUGCAGUUGGGUACUACAACCAAUCCAGAUGAUAAGUGUUAUUUUAACAGAUUCUACAUUUGUCUAUCUGGUGUGAAAGAAGGAUGGAGGUUUGGGUGUAGAAAGAUUGUAGCUUUGGAUGGGUGUUUUUUGAAGAAGCCAUGUACUGGUGAGCUGUUAAGUGCAGUUGGAAGGGAUGGAAACAACCAAGUGUACCCAAUUGCUUGGGCAAUUGUGAAUGUAGAAAAUAAAGAGAAUUGGAUGCCCAGAAGGUCAAGAACUCACCUUGAUGGCUUAAUUGAGGCUGUCAAGGAUGUCAUGCCAAGAGCAGAACAUAGACAAUGUGCUAGGCACAUCUAUGAAAACUUCAGGAAGGUGUAUAGUGGUGUUGAGUUCAGGAACCUAUUUUGGAAAGCGGCCAAGUCAUCAUACAAAGCACAAUAUGAGUCUGUCAUGAAAGAAAUCCAGGUAGUAAAUGCUAAUGCAUAUAAAUAUUUGAUAGACAGAAAUCCUAGUUCUUGGUGUAGGGCUUUUUUUGAAAUUCAUAGAGGAUGUGAGGCAGUUGAAAAUGGUUUUAGUGAGUGUUGGAACUCUGUCUUGUUGAAAGUUAGGAACAAACCAAUAAUCACUCUGCUAGAAGCAUUGAGAGUAAUUGUUAUGCUUAGAUUAGAGUCUUUGAGGGAGUUAAGUCAGGGUUGGGAGCAUGAUGUGUGUCCAUCUAUUAGGAAAAAACUAGAAGGCAUAAAGAAAGAGAGGACUUGUUAG